GCGCGUGGAGACAAUAUUGAUGACAUUCGACUGCUACUCGACGCUGGCGCUGACGUAGAAGCAACGGAUACAGCCGGGCUCACUAUCCUCCAUCUAGCGGCGCUGCAUGGCCAUCUCGACAUCGUGGAGUUGCUACUAAGGUACGGUGCUCAAGUGAAUGCAAGGACGCUAGCAGGUUCAUCGGUGCUGAAAGUGGCGGCUACAAUGGGUCACCUUCCAGUGGUCGCAGCAUUACUCAAGGCCGGCGCCGACAUCGAUCUU